AUGGGAAAGAAAUUUUUGCUUGUUUUGGAUGAUGUUUGGAAUGAAAACUAUUCGAGUUGGGAGGCACUACAAAUUCCCUUCAUUUAUGGAUUUUCAGGAAGUAGGAUUCUUAUUACCACUCGUAAUGAGAAGGUAACAUCAGUCAUGAACUCCUCCCAAAUACUUCAUUUAAAGCCACUGGAGAAAGAAGAUUGUUGGAAGCUAUUUGCAACUCUUGCAUUUCAUGAUAAGGAUGCCUGCAAAUAUUCAAAUCUUGUAUCAGUUGGUAGUAAAAUUGUUGACAAGUGUGGAGGAUUGCCUUUAGCCAUAAGAACAUUGGGAAAUGUCUUGCAAGCAAAAUUCUCCCAGCAUGAAUGGGUUGAGUUUGACAAGGAUCAGUUAAUCCAGUUGUGGAUGGCAGAAGGUUUGUUGAAUUUCUGGCAAAUAAAUAAGAGUGAAGAAGAGUUAGGUGCUGAGUUCUUCAAUGAUCUAGUGGCAAGGAAGCAUAGUGGGUUUGAUGUUAAGGAGUUGGGGAAUCCUAACAAUCUCCAAGGAACACUUUCAAUUUUCAAGUUAGAAAAUGUUACUGAUCCUACAAAUGCCAUGGAAGCUAAUAAGAAAGAUAAAAAGCAUUUAGAAGGAUUAGUGUUGGAUUGGGGUGACAAAUUUGGAAGGAGCAAUGAAAACGAGGACAAAAUAGUCGAAGGGCAUGUGUUGGAGUCUCUUCAUCCAAAUGGUAAUUUGAAAAGGCUAACUGUUUUACGUUAUGAUGGAACCAUUUGA